GCCAAAGAAACGCAAAGCAGUGUGAAACAGCUGGUCCGCUGAAUGGUUGCUUUGACAGGCCCAUUGACGGAUAAGCGAAUGAUUUAUUCAAAAUUAAGGCAUUUAAAUGAUAUCACGAAUAUUCCGUGGAGAAACUGAAAAUGUCGCGGCAAAGAGAAAGCGUCAGAUUGACACAUUAAAAAUUUUCAACGACAAUGUAUCAGAGUUGAGAGAAGAUGUGGAAUAUCAGGUUCAGUUUGAUGCAGCGUCCAGGCGUAUGGCUAUUACAGUCGAAUUAUCGCCCGAAUUUCCAUGGGAAAAGCCUGUACUCAGAGUUUCACCACCGAUAACGCAUCCUUGGUGCAAUGAGCACAGUGAGAUAACAAGUGCACCAGGUCUCCUGAAUUUCACAGUACACAGUGAUCUUGGACGAGUAGUGCAGGCAAUAAUAAGGGAAUUCAGUAAGAAUCCACCGCAAUUACAGGAAGAUGUAGCUUCAGCGUCCGUAGUCACUCACAGAGAUUUGCAAGAAAGAGCCUCGCCGUCAUACGGUCUUCAACGUUAUCUCGAGUUGCCGUCCACCUCAUACAAUUCAUAUUACAACUCGCAGUAUCCCCAAUUUUCAUCUCCGAAUACAAACGCUUCCGCUUACGAUUAUAAUUAUACGAAUUCGAUCGUUACCGAUGGUCAAGCAGCUCAGGGAUACAACUCUGGCUCACAUCACUCUACUUACGUCACUAACUGUAGUAGCAAUUCGCUUCACAACGCGAGUACCGCACAAUACUCGUCGGACCGUCACGCAACGUCUUAUAUGAAUUCGCAAUAUGUUAACAACGCGAAUUACGUACAAUCAAUGCACGGUCAGACUCAAAGGAAAACACCACAGAGUCUCGUGUUUCCAGAACUUAAUAACCUCUCCAACGAGGAAUUGAGAAAACUCGGAGAAGACGAAGACUCCAUGAUCAAUUUUUUGGAACAACACACUCAGCUCAAGGACUUUAAUGCCUCGGUUGAUGAACAUAUCGAUGCUGUCGAAAAAAUUGCCAGUGAAAAUCUUUCAAAAGAGACGGAUCUGAAGGACUUACAAGCGGAAGUAGCAGAAAAAAUUGAAACAGUUACAGUACUGAAAGCUCGGUACGAUAACCUAAUACAGCACUACAAUAAACUUUCCGUGGUAUUUACACCCGAUCACAUAAAGGAGUGUUUGAAGCAAGCUGCCGACGAAAGCCACGAGGAAAGUGAGAAAAUAGCCCAAGAUUUUUUAAACCGCAAAAUCGACGUUGAACGUUUUCUCAGUACGUAUAUAGAGUGUCGAAAGCUCGGUCAGGCAAGACGUACGAAGGAAGAAAAGUUGGCUCAUCAACUGAACGAGUUGAAACGAGCUGGCUAUUGAGGGAGUUCAAUUCUAUAUACACUUUUUAACUAUCAAAACGAAGAAAAAAAAGAAACAAAAAAUGCCGAAUCAACUGUACAUAAUUUUUAGUUAAAUUAAAUAAUGAUCGUGCGUCGUUUCAUGCUGACACUUUGUUGUUUAAUGAGCGUAAGAAAAACAAAUCCGAAUAACGUGCUGCUCGGGUCAACGGAGACUUAUCGAAUCCCUUUCCCAUGUGCGAUUUUCGUUUCAAUCUUAUCGUCGCAUAAUAUUUAUUACUUAAAUGGAAACACAUUUCAAAUUAAUUUGAUAAAAUCAUGAUUGUUCGCUGAAAUUAUUAUCCCUGAAAUCUCCGCAUAGACACGAUCGAUUUCUGUACAUUCCAAUUGAAAAAACAGCAAACGCAUGGACUUAAAAACUUCCAUGAGCGUUAAAAGUUUUCAAUAAUAUAUACAUACACAUGCUCACAUACAUUGAAUUAUUGUGCCUGUGAAAAUCGUCGUGUUCAACGUGUAAACAUGCAUACAACAUACUUUAAGUGAGUUUUCGCGUUUUCAACGUCUUCAUUAGUAUGAUCGUAGUUGCAACUUUCUAACGUCUCGACCUUCGCGAUAUUAAUUUUAAAAAUCAAUUAAAUAUCGUGACUAUCAAAUUAAUUAAAAAAAAAAAAGAAAAAAAACAUUUCUUACCGUACUAUGCGUACGACCCGAAACGUUGUUGUACGAAGUGUCGAUGCUGUUAUUGCGCUGUGAAAAUUACCGCGUUGUUCGUCCGAAUUAGCUACUUUUUUACCAUGUACAUAAAAUAUUCAGGGGAUUAUUAUCGAAAUUCGUUUUUCGACGUGUUGGAAAGAUUCAUCGAUAUAGUUACUUAGAGCGUUGUGAGAUUGUCCCGUGAAUGUUCCUAAUACUGUAAAGAAAAAAACGAAACCAUACGAUAUAAUAUAUUUGAAAAAAAAAAAAAGAAAAUUACAUUCAUCUACACUAUUAAUUGACGAUGCAUUUUCAAUUUGAUCAUUCAACCGACGUAAUGAGCUACCUUGUAGCAAAAAAAAAUGGCGUUUUACUUAUAUUGUUCACUGAACCCUUUGGCGAUUCAAGGACAUACUCGCUAACGAUCAUGUGCAAAAAAAUUUCAGAAAAAAUAUUUUUUAAACUCAUUAUUUGCACAUGCCUAUCGUUUUAAUCGAUUGUCAAUUGAUUCUGGUUUGCCCCGAUAUGUUUGCUUCGAAUUGGUGACUAUGGUAGAAAUUUCUGUGAAAUUUCUAACUUUAGAAAUACAUCACAGUAAUAAAUUACGCGAUCGUAUGAUAAGUCGACGAAACGUUUGCUGAAGAAACUUGUGAAAAGACUUUAUUAUCUGUCGGUUGAUGUUGAAUCAGUGUUUACGCUUCAAUUGUAUGAUAAUUGUUCUUUUUUAACAAAUAUAUAUAUGUAUAUAUAUGAUAUUUGUAUGAAAAA